AUGCUGCAUGAAAGAUGCUUUUCUGCGGCCGUUAAUGUGAAAAGGUGCACCGUUCGAGCCGCCGGUCCUCACCAGCGGCUCAGUCUCAUUCACGAGAAGCUGGCGGAUAAGACUAUGCUCCUGUUUUCCUCGCCUUCAGUUUCGCGCUCAGGAACCGGGAAGCACAAUCGAAAGGGAGCAGGCUCUCUACCGCGAGGCCGCGGCGCAGGCAAGAAGACGGAGCUGACAGAAGAGCAGCGGCAGGAGAUUAAGGAGGCCUUCGACUUGUUUGACACGGACGGCUCGGGAUGCAUCGACGCCAAGGAGCUGAAAGUGGCGAUGCGCGCCCUCGGCUUCGAACCAAAGAAGGAGGAGAUUCGGAAGAUGAUCGCGGACGUCGAUAAGGAUGGAACGGGAAGUGUAGAUUUUCAAGAGUUCCUCAGUCUGAUGACCGUAAAAAUGGCAGAGCGAGAUCCGCGCGAGGAAAUCCUCAAGGCGUUCCGCCUCUUCGACGAUGAUGAAACAGGAAAAAUCUCGUUCAAGAAUUUGAAGCGCGUCUCGAAGGAGCUCGGCGAGAACCUGACGGACGAAGAACUCCAGGAGAUGAUUGACGAGGCAGACCGCGACGGGGACGGAGAGAUCAAUGAAGAGGAGUUUAUUCGCAUUAUGAGGAAGACAAACCUUUUCUAG